AUGUCUGAUGAUACAACUUCAUUCGAAAGCAUCCUAGCCAAUGUCAGGAAAAGAAGAGCCGAAUUUGAACAACCAAAUUUAACACCGGUGCAGCAACAGCAGGGACUCGGAUCACAACCCCAACCACAAGCUGUAUCAAAAAAUUCUACAGAAUCCAAUGCCAAAUACACUAGUACGAAUCAGGGGAGUAAACCUAUAGUAAACUCGUUCAACCAGCAGCAUGACGAUUCUAAUGGAAAUAACAUUAUAAUUCACAAUCAAAGAAAAGCAAACACUAGUCAAACCCUAAAUAAUGCUGCUAGUGCUAGUAAGACCAUGUUUGUGAGCUCUUCACAAACCGGGAAUCCUCUAUUGAAAAGUUUAGUCAACGUGAAUUGGAGAUAUGUAAAGUCCACUCCAACCGCGCCAGUCAAUUACGACUAUCAGAUAAGAGGACGGAAUGUAGUAUUUCUUUCGUUGAGGUAUCACAAAUUACAUCCUGAAUAUAUAGGGAAGAAACUACUACCAUUUAGAAGGUCAGAAGGAAAUAUUUUGUUAUGUGUUGUUGAUGUUGAGAAUUCAGAGGAUAUCCUAAGAGAGUUGAACAAAGUAUGUAUGUUUCAAGGGUUUACGAUGCUUCUUGCUUUUUCAUUCGAGCAAGCAGGCAACUAUUUGACAUUUAUGAACAAGUAG